AUGAAAUCACCCACAGUUUUCGAUUCGGUACACAAUUCAAACAAGUCAUCUACAACUAUCUCUAAUUCCGACACUCUUCCGUCGUCAUUAUCCAGUCAUACAACACUUGAACCUUCAUUUAACUUACCUGUUGAAGAUACUUUAUUCCUUGAAGAUCUUCUCAAUAAUACUCAACUAUCUUCUACAUUAGACGAUAAUUGGCUAGAUAAUUUUCCUGUUGAUUCAUUUGAUCAAUUACUUUCUUCAAAUUCUGAUAUGACAUUCAAAGAACUUACAGAUAUGCCUAUGGAACAAAGCAAUGAAUAUAUUCAAGAUUUAGGAACGCCAGGAAGCAAUCCUUCAACAACAUAUGAUGAAAGAACAUCGUCGGUUGAAUCUACAUCCGAUAAUGAACGUGAUGAUAUAAAUCGACGUGGUUUAAAAAAAAGUGGUGGUCCCGUACGUAAAUUAGCACGAUUUGGUAAUAAACAAGUUAUAAAAUAUUCAGAAGAAUAUCAUGAUCGACGAUUAAAAAAUAAUGAUGCUGUUAAAAAAAGUCGAUUGAAAGCAAAAGAAAGACAAAAAGAUACCGAAGGUAAAAUGAGCCAAUUAGCUAAUGAAAAUCGUACAUUAAGUGAUCGAGUAGAUUUAUUAAUGAAAGAAUUACAAGUAUUAAAAUCACUUUAUAAAGAACUCAAUCAAGAUUUUCCAUCUGCUGCUGUUAAAGAACUUGAACGAGUUAAUGUGCGUUGA